GGCAACAUAUCCAGAAAUUUCAUAUUGGUGGGGAACUUUCAUGCAAAGUACUACCAGGUAAUCAAAUUUGUUUCUCUAUAAUUAUGACUCUUAUCAUUCAAUCUAAGGAUAUUGAGUAGCUAUAGUUCGAAAAUGCAGCGCCUCCACAAUAUACUUGCAUUCGUCUUGAUUGAAUUGUUGCUUUAUUUCGGUAUUUCUGAGACUUUGGAAUGUGAAAUGGUUAGUGACAGUAAAUUCAAGGUCGCAGAUACCAUCACGGUGGAUCAGUCUGGCAAGGGAGACUUCAAAACCGUUCAAAAUGCUAUUGAUUCAAUCCUUUUUAACAACAAUAAGUGGAUACGUACUCUUAUUUCUCCUGGAAUCUUCAGGGAGAAAGUUUCAAUCCCUGCAAACAAAUCUUGCAUUUUUCUGCGAGGAGCUGGGAGCAAGUUAACCAGUAUUGAAUGGGGGGAUCAUAUGGAUACCUGUGACAGUGCUACUUUCACUUCUUCUCCUGAUAACAUUGUUGCAAAACGCAUUACGUUCAAGAAUAUCUAUGACAUACUGUCAGGACCUGAUACCAAGAAAAAUGUGAUUCCAGCUCUAGCGGCUAGAAUAUAUGGGGAUAAAUCUGCUUUCUAUAACUGUGCCUUUUUGGGGCUGCAAGAUACCUUGUGGGACGUACAAGGCCGCCACUACUUCUACAAUUGCUAUGUUGAAGGUGCUAUUGAUUUUAUAUUUGGCAGAGGCCAGUCUAUCUAUCAGAGAUGCGAAAUAAAUCCUACAGCAGGAAAAUAUGCACCAGAAUAUCCUUAUGGUUACAUAACAGCACAGGGAAGGAAUUCAUCAGAUGAUCCUAGCGGCUUCGUAUUUAAAUCUUGUGUGUUCACAGGAACCGGUAAAACUUACCUUGGAAGAGCUUAUGGGGCUUAUUCCAGAGUAAUUAUAUAUAAUUCACAGCUUUCAGAUUCGAUUAUUCCUUCUGGUUGGGAUGCUUGGUCCUUUGUGCAUCAUGAAGGUAAUUUGAUGUAUGCGGAGGCUGAUUGCAGGGGACCUGGAGCCAACACUUCCAAGCGUGUGCCUUGGCUGAAGAAACUCAGUGCUUCUCAGCUCAAUCAGUUUUUGAACAUAUCAUAUAUUGACAAAGAAGGAUGGAUUGCCAAACUGCCAAAAGUCUCCUCAGUUGUAAUGAAUUCAUUGUUUUAGUUUCCUGAAAUAUUGUCUCCCUAUAUUCUAUCAUAGGGUAAAACAAUGACGUAACUUUUUUUUAAUCCAUUUGGGAAAAAGAAA